UCCUUCCAGGGUGUAAUCACACGCUGCUUGCUUCAUAGUUUUGUUUGCACUGAGAUUUCUCCUCAUUCAGCCUGAUGGAGCUACUUCGGCCUGGGUUGCUCAUGUUCCAGAUGUUCUGUUUUAUUAACGGCUAUCCCAAUGGUGCUCCCUCCGGUGCCUGUGAGGAUAUGUUACCUCGCCACUCUGGAGUGCUGCCUCAGCCUUCACCAGCACCCUACACUAUUCUCACCAAUGCCAGGGUGUUUCAGCCAGGGAAGCCCAUUACAGUGACCAUCGUUGGACCAAAAUACAGAGGAGUUCUUCUGGAAGCUCGAACAGGUGGAGGCCUCAAUGCUCUGGGGACGUGGCAGCGCCCUCCUCCGGACACUAAAUUCCUUCAGUGCGCGCAUAAUCCUCGAGGUGCUGUCACUCACUCCAACACCAAUCUCAAGGGCAACAGCACCGUUUACAGCUGGAUACCACCUAACUGUGCAAGUCCUGUCUACUUCAUGGCCACCGUAGCUCAGCAACGCACAGUCUUCUGGGUUAAUAUAAGGUCCACGGAUCUGACCAGAGGAAAAACAGGCGACCUUGAUCUGGCAGUAGGUGCCAGCGCUGGAAUGGCUGAAGGCAAACCUCUGCUUCCCUUAGUGAUAUGUUUUCUGAUUUUAAACAUACUGGCAUGAAUAUAAAAUAUGUUCUGCAGUCUUCUUGUUAUAUAUAUAUAAUAGCAUGCAGUCCUAUGGCUACAUAUCACAUCUCAGUGAAUUUUUCUUUAGAUAUGUAGCUCAUAUAUAUUAAUGCAGCCCCCAUGCUUGAUCAUAUAUCAACUGACCUAUAUCUACAGUGCCUAUCCGUCAUAGACAUAAAUGAUAGAUAUACCUUCAUUGCAAAUGCCUUGUUUGAUCUUGUUCCCAGCUUUUAUGAGGUGUGUUCUGUCACAUUUAAUAUAAAUCUAUAAAAGAAAAAUCACCCCUCCAAAAAUGCAUUAAAGGGUUUCAAGACUAAGGUAUGAAUAUGCCAAGAUAUGGCUGUACUGAUGAGUCACUCCCUCUUCUAUUAAUACUUUAUUAUUGUAUAAGGAAUUUUAAAGCAAGUAUGAUUCACGCCUAUUCCCUCAUUGUACUCAAUGCACACGUCUCAGCUGUAAUAUAUACUCUAAAAAAUAUUUGUUGCUCACUCUGUCAUUGCUUUUGUUUUCUGUCACUAGACUUUGAUUCUCUUCACAUAUCCUGUGUAUCCUAAUUGUAUGUAUGCGUAUUUACCGAACCACCCAUUUCAGAUAAUAAAAUAGUACA